AUGGCUCAGAGACAUAAGCUCAUUUUGGCUGGAUUAUUGAUUUUCAUCUCGGUGCCCUGGACUUGGUGUGAUUUAGAAGAGGAGCGCCAUGCCAGCUACUGGAACAACAAAGGGAGGGAGGCGCUUCACACUGCGCUGAACGUUCAGCCGAAUAACCACCAGGCCAAGAACCUCAUCCUCUUCCUGGGGGACGGUAUGGGGGUGCCGACGGUGACGGCUGCUCGGAUCCUCAAAGGCCAGUUGGCAGGAAAAUCAGGGGAGGAGACCAGCCUGGUCAUGGAUACCUUUCCUCACCUGGCGCUGUCAAAGACGUACAAUGUUGACCAGCAGAUGCCCGACAGCGCUGGCACAGCCACUGCUUACUUAUGUGGGGUGAAGGCUAACUACGGCACCAUGGGUGUCAGCGCCGCCUGCCCGAGGUCCAACUGCAGCGCGAGCUUUGGGAAUGAGGUCAAUUCAGUUCUGUACCGUGCCAAGCAGGCAGGAAAAUCUGUGGGCAUCGUCACAACAACUCGAGUGCAGCACGCCUCUCCUGGGGCCAACUACGCUCACACUGCUGACAGAGGCUGGUAUGCUGACUCCGACCUCACACCUGAGGCCGUCCAGAACGGAUGUCGUGACAUCGCAUAUCAGCUGAUCAAGAAUGUAGAAAUAGACGUCAUCCUUGGUGGAGGUCGUCAGUACAUGUUUCCCGAAAACUUCAGAGACCCAGAGUAUCUAAGGAAUAACGGAACGCGACUGGACGGACAAAAUCUUGUUAGUGAGUGGCUUAAGGACAAAAAGAGAGCUCAAUAUGUUUGGAACAAAGCUGAUUUUGAUGCCAUCAAACCUGCCAAAACAGACUUCCUGAUGGGUCUUUUUGAGCCCAAAGACUGUCGCUAUGAGUUGGAGCGGGAUCCCUCCAUGGACCCAUCGCUCACUGAGAUGACGGAGAAAGCGAUAAAGAUUCUCAGAAAGAACCCCAAGGGCUUUUACCUCUUUGUGGAAGAUAAUGGGAGAAUUGACCACGGGCACCAUGGUGGUAAGGCCAUAAAAGCUCUGACGGAGGCCGUGGAGUUUGACCGGGCGAUCGGGCGAGCAGCUGAACUCACCAGUGAACUGGACACCCUGUCUGUGGUCACCGCGGACCACUCCCACGUCUUUGCCUUCGGAGGCCAUUCUGCUAGAGGAAACUCGGUGUUAGGGGUGUCUCGCUCAUUGGGGGAAGACAAGAAGCGCUUCACCACUGCUGUGUACGGGAACGGACCAGGAUACCAGAUUGCCAACGGAACUCGCCCAGAUGUGACUGAGACACUUGCUUCGGAUAAUGAUUACCGUCAGCAGGCUACAGUCCCUCUGGAUUCAGAGACCCAUGGCAUAGAGGAUGUAGCCAUCUUUGCCAAAGGUCCCAUGUCGCACCUCUUCCACGGUGUCCAGGAGCAGAGCUACAUCGCCCAUGCCAUGGCUUACGCUGCCUGUCUGGAGCCCUAUGACAACUGCAAACUGCCCCCACCCAACCACGCCGGAGCCAUCAGCCCGAGUCUGCUGCUCCUCCUGCUGGGCCUCCUCCUCCUCCUGUCGCCCUACUCGGUCUGA